AUAUUUGCCCAGUCGAUCGUUUUCAGUGAACCGAGUGCGCAAAGCGAUUUCCAAUCGAGCAAAAUCAAUUUACGCAAAAAUGCUCUGUUGAAUAAAUAAAUGUGUAUGAACAGACAUAAGCAUAACUAAGUUAAUUUGCUAAAUUAAAAGGACAUUCAAAAGCAUUCACGCUGCUAUCCACUUCAUUAGAGGUUCUAAAGAUCAAAGUGUAUUCAAAUGCCGGUAUAGUCGCGUAGUCGCGGGUGAGUGCGCGCAUAAAUUCGUGUCCCAGACAAAAUAAUCGUGUUGUGCAAAUGCUAAUCGUUUAAAUUUAAAAUAAACAAACAAAAAUCUUAAGAAAUUAAAUUUUCGAAAUUUUUCGUAUCCAUUCACGUCGCUGUGUGUGCCACAGUGAUUUAGUGUUCUGGCUCUUUGACGCAUCAGCACAUAUUGGAAUCACCAAAAAUCAGCGAUAACGUGAGAAUAGCUAGAAUAGCAAAACAAACAAGAAAAACGCUAGCAAAACAAAUCGUGCUGACAUCGAAUUUGAAUAAAAUAAUAAAUAAACAUAACAAAAUGGAAAUACAGAAUUUGCACGAGCCAACAAUGUUGGGAAAGAAACGGGAUUUCGCGAAAAAAGACGCGAUUAUCCUUGAGGCGCGGUACACGUUGUCUGAUCUUUACCCAAUACGAAGGCUAACGCAAAAGAUGGAUAAUGUCCUGAAUGUAGCCGGCAUAACACAACCCAAGCCUCCAGAUUCAACUCCAUACACAGUGGAGCUCAUUACCGAGAAGGAUAAAGAGGCGGUGCUUGCAAUGCUUCGGAAGUUUUUCUUCAAGGAUGAGCCCCUUAAUAAAUUUCUGGAUUUGGGUGAAUGUAAGGAGCUGGAGGAAUACACAUUAAAAUGUGUGAAGGAUAACUGUUCUUUCAAAGCAGUACAUAAUAACGGUGAUUUGAUCGGCAUUUUUCUUAAUGGACUUUUGAAAAGACCCCCGCCAUCUGCUCAACUUUCUGAGAAAGCGGCCGAUUCAUGCCAGCAUGCGAAGUUCAAGAAGAUACUGGCUCUUUUUGAUAGAAUUGAAGAGAACUUUAAUAUUUUCGAUUUGUACCCAGACAUCGACGUUAUGGUCGACGGUAAAAUACUUUCAGUCAAUUCCGAAUAUCGUGGACUUGGCAUCGCUGGUUACCUGACUGAGCGUACCCUGGAAUACAUGAAGGAACAUAAUAUUCCGGUCAUGCACGUGCUAUGUUCCAGCCACUAUUCGGCUCGUGUUAUGGAGAAACUUGGCUUCCACGAGGUAUACAGACUCAAUUAUUCCGACUACAAAGUCAAUGAUGAAGUGGUGUUCACACCGGCAGAGCCCCACGUGGCCGCACGUAUUUUGGUCAAAGAGAUCGGAGAUGUUAAUCGAAAGAGCACGCUAUAAAUAUUUCCAGAGUGACUGAGCAGUCUGACCACUUUACUAUGUCAAUUGGUUGUAAACAAAUUUUAAAUGUGAAGAAUAAAUGCUAUUUAGUAUUAAUAUUAACCGUUUGGUGAGGGUGUAAUUCAAUUAAAAUAGUACAAUAAAUAAAUGUUACUAACCUAACUUACAUAUUGAUGAUAAUGUGUAUCAAUAUCAUUGGCUUUCCAAUAUCGUAAUGAAUGUACCUAAGGCCGUUCCCUUAAUUACUUUAAAGCCAAGGUUUAGUACCGUAAGCUAUGUUUAUAAUUAAUUAAUACUAUUUUUAAUUGUUUAAGAUUUUAAACGUGUAUUUGUACAUGUGUGUGUAGCUACAUAAGUACAUAAAUCACAUAAUUCAUAGAAAUUAGAAAUUAUUAAAGUUUUUACUGAGAAUUUACAAUACACUUACAAAAACGUGUGUUGCACCCAAUUAUAAUGAAACUGUUUAUUUACUUUCUCGGCCUUGACAUGCCACGUAAUAAAAUUUGUAUUUUUUAUCAACAUA